AUGGAUAAGUUGAGUUCAAAGUUAGACAAAUUUUAUACAGAUUUUUAUAAGGUUGAAAACAAAAAAAGAAAUAAUACAGCCUCAAAUCAUAUAGAUCUAAAUACUUCUUUGGAUGAACAAUUUAAAGAUCUUGACUUAAUUAAAUGUAAAGAUUAAUGUUCCGAUUAUGAAGACUGA